AUGUGCGCCUUCGAAUUUUGAAUUACAAAAUGGAUCAGGACAUCCGAAGUGAUUCGCCCGGUGACACCAACCGUCAAGAGCAAAAUUCCAAGACUUCUUUUUUAAUCGAGGACAUUUUGUAUCGCGGGCAAAGGAAUACGUUCAAACAGCCUGAUCCAAGGAGAUUUGAUUAUGAGCGGGAGCCGAAAUAUUUUCCUGUGGCCAACGAGGUCCGGCCUGUGGCUAGGGAAGGGUCUUAUUUGCAAGUAGCUAUGGGUGCCUUAGGUGCAUAUCUACACACACCCAGUACGUAUAAGGCUGUGGAGACACCAUAUUUCCUCUCUCAAGGUGUCCCGUACCACGCACUGUUCACUCCGUCGGAGCUCUCUCUGUCGGCACUGAAGCACUGCCGGCGGCGGAAAGCGAGGACUGUCUUCUCUGACCCACAACUUACAGGUCUGGAGAAGCGCUUUGAGUCGCAGCGCUACCUGUCGACGCCAGAGCGCGUGGAGCUGGCGAGCGCGCUCAACCUGUCGGAGACGCAGGUCAAGACCUGGUUCCAGAACCGCCGCAUGAAGCACAAGAAGCAGAUGAGGAAGCAGCAGCAACAGCAGAGAGGCGCUGUAGCAGUAGAUUUCACAACAAAGCUGUCGACUCAUUCUGCAGAACGAAAGGAAGAUUCAAGAAUAUCGACAACUCAAACGUCGGACUCUGAAACGGAACAUAGUGACAGUGACAUCGAUAUCGUAGGCGAGCCUAAUUAUACACAACACUAUAAUAGCACGUAAAGUUAUAAAUAUAUUAGGUAUUUUAGAGUUUGUUACUAUCCCUUCCGAUCGAAUUUCGUCCACGAGAGCCCAUCACAGUUUGAACCUGAUUCUACACAGGACUCCUGUAAGGUAGGUAAAUAACCUGGAAUUCAGUUUUUUUAUCCAUUAAAA